AUGGGCAAGCUGAUCAAGAACCACUGGGCGCGACUGAUAGUCUUGACCGCAGCAGCAUAUCAAAUCGCUGCCACGCUAGAAGCAUUCUUCUGGCCAAAGUUCUUCUUCGACUUCCUCACCAAGAACUUCGAUCGCGCUGUGAAACCCGUACCCAUUCUCCAGAUCAUCAACCUGGUUAUCGGCUUCUUGACACUCGCAUACGAGUGGCCCCUCAACUAUGUGGCAGGGACCUCAAUACAUCGAAGCCUGGAAGUGCGCUUGAUGUGGUUGCCUUUGGCAAGCUUGACCAGCAUACUUUUAUAUCAGGCGACAAAUGCGUCGCUGUACUACUUUAUCGGCAUAAUUGUAUAUUUUUGGGCAUACAGCGAGGGAGAGGUUAUUUGCGCAGUACCGUGGACGUUACCGAAGAGAGCGGACCGACGCCGAAUAGAGAAAGCAUGA